UCUAAAAUGCAAUCCGUCUAGGGGCACAGUAAUCGACUUGCCAAACACACUCACAACGGAAAGUACGUUAUUUUCGUCGGACUCUAUUUUCACGUGCUGCUCACGUGUUUCAUCCCUUUGCUCGUCACCGACUGAGCCGGCCGAGGGUUUAUUUCUCACCGGGGAAGAGACGGCGGCAAGAGAAGAAGAUGGAAUUGGCGACGAUGGAGACGGCGGAGGCAGCGGCCGCGAAAGGAUUGAGUUGCGAAGCCAUGGAUUGCUUGUCGGAAAGGCUUUCGUUGCAGGAAGAUCUUUACUUUCCUCGCGCGCUUCAAUCCACUGCCACGAAUCCGUCUCAGCGCAAGGCCAUUCUGCUCGACCUUCUUUCUCGCGAUGUCGCCGUGUUUCUUGAAAGAUAUGGAUCACAGUUGACAUCCAGUGAGCUCCAUGAGUUUGAUGCUCUUAAGGAUGAUUAUGAGAUCAAUUGGCACUUAAAGCACCUUCGGAGUAUAAAGAGUCCGACAUCAGAUGAAUUACACACUAGGUCAGUUAUUGUGAAAAAUAGGAGACGGGCAUAUCUGAAUAAAUUGAUAUAUGAUGGCCAGUACUUCUCGGAGGAUGCAAUGAGGGAGAGAGAGCCUUUUUUGCAUUAUGAGUAUGUAGGGAAGUUUCAGGAUCCAAGUGGGAGAGGAAUGGCAAGACCAGGGGAGCGGUGGUCAGAGACUCUGAUGAGAAGAUCAGAGGAAGCAAUGUUGGUUGCUAAGAUCAGAGGAGAGCAACGCAGGUUAGGUGUUGCCGAGAGGGAGUUGGUAGGUAAUGAUGUAAACCAAGGGGAAGAAGAGGAGGAGGAGGAGGAGGAGGAAGAGGAAGAAGAGGAAGAGGAAGAAGAGGAAGAGAAAGAGGAAGAAGGGGAGGACAGGAAAGGUAAUAAUAAGCCUGCUAAUGGAGUUGAUUCCAUGGAGGUAACCAGUGCCAUGGAUGAUCAUCAUGAAAGGUCAGCAACAGGGAAUAGUCAAGCUGCUGAGGGUGGGUCCAAUCAUGUAGCAAUCUUAUCUGAAGCAGAUAUGCAAGAUCAGAUGGAUCAAUUCACAUACAUCAUGCAUCAGAAGUUUUUGUUGGGAGAAGACAAUGAGCAUUUAGAUUACUCAAAAAUAGACAAUGAUGAGACCUUGGAUGAUCACUGGCUGAGGGAAGCCAAUGAUGAUGCUGAGGAGAAAUACUUCGACCAAGAUUAGAGGGGAUGAAAGUUCCUAUUCAGAUGACGGAACUGGAAAAAGAUAAGAAGAAAUUCAAGUGCAAACGAGAUGAUGAUGAUCUGCAAUGAGAUGACGAAUGCAGUUAAAAGACUCCGCUGAACGAUAUCGUAACUCUGGUAAGAUUAUCACCUUUGUGCUAACCCUAAUGGCAAGGGCAGGUUCCAGGAGUAUGGGGAUAAUUGUGUGCCACACUCCAUGAGUUUGGCUUUAGCUUUGCAGGUAUUAGUUUGGCAUUAGCUUUUUGCAGUUCCAUUGGCUUUUUAUUUCUCACAGAAAAAAAAGGUUACUCAAAUGGAUAGAGAGAGUUUUUAUGAAAUUGAUAUGGAGAAAUUGGGUUGCUGGUAUUGGCAUCUGGCUCAACUGAAAUCUUGUAGUUCUACUCAUGUUCUUUAUGGAAUGUGUGAAUAUUGAUUGAGAUCAUUAUCGGCCUUUAACUCUCAAUCUGGUCAUGAUCAUUGUUGUAUAAAUAUGAUAGGUUAAACUAUAAA